GUGAGCGGUAUGUCCGUGGAUGAGAAGUCUGAAGCUCCCAUGUACGUAGGUAUGAGUCGACGGUGCACUGUCCCCAACAUCCUGCUGGGUCUGAAUGAGCAGCGGAAGCUAGGCCUGCUCUGUGAUGUGACCGUUCUGGUGGAGGGGAAGGAGUUCCGCGCACCACAGGGCUGUCCUAGCACCUGCAGCGAGUACUUCCUACAGGGUUCGUCACCCAAAGUGACAAUGAACUGGUUUCUCAGCAUGCCAGAGGAGGUCAGUGCCCAGGGAUUCGCUCCAUUGUUACAGUUUGCCUAUACGGCUAAGCUGCUGCUCAGCAGAGAAAACAUCCAGGAGGUCAUCCGCUGUGCUGAAUUCCUGCGCAUGCACAACCUGGAGGACUCCUGCUUUCGCUUCCUGGAGGCCCAACUGCGCAGUGAGGAGGACGGCCUGGUCCUCUGUCGCAAGAUUGCAUCUGAGAGCAAUCACUCGGAGGAUGAGAGCAUGCAACCUGAGUUGCUGACGACAACGCAAACUGCGGUGACCCUGUCUGGUUCUCCACGCUCUCGCCGUUGUGCAGAGGCCCUGAACUCCUUGCGGCAGCCAGACCAUGAGCGGCUGGCGGUGACAGAGGAGUUCACUGAUGGACAGAUGGACUUUGAGAGACACGGCAACUCAGACCUGCCACGAUGCCCUAAAUACAGGAAGUACCAGUGGGCAUGCAACAAGCACAAUAACAACACCUCCUCACACACCAGUACCUCAGGUUUUCCAAGCACAUUCAAGGAGAUGAACAGGCCAGCUGUGAUGCAAAUCAAGCAGGAGCCACGCAGCGAGGAAGAGUCCAUCUCGCUUUGCCUGUCAGGGGACGAGCAGGACGGUGGUGAAAAGGACAGUGUGGCUGAGAUGGAGCUGGAUGGUUCCAUAGCAGUGGACCAACCAAAAGGCAGCAGCAAGUCACCCACCUGCCUACGAUCUCUCUUUAAGAAGGACCUGCCUAGCACACCCCAACAACUCUUUGCUAACAGACUCGUCAAUGCCCAGGAUAAAGGAACCACUCAGGGAGACCACAAAAAAGACUACAGGCCUUCGCUUGGCAAUGAGCUUGGCAUGCCUGUCGUGUUCCCCAAAGAUGCAGAUGGUUUCCCGCCAGAGGUUUCGUUGAAGUCAGCUUCCUGCGAUGGUGUGUGCAAGCAAGAGGUGGAGCCAGACCGCCGCAGUGUCAUCUUCUCCUCAGGGCCUUGUGACCGACUGGGUACACCCACCCACUCCCAUCCCAGUGGGAACUCACUGGAGAAAGAGCUCUCAGAACACAUGCCAAAGGGAUUGUGGGCCGGUGCCAGCCAGUCCCUCCCCAGCUCCCAGACCUACUCCCCCAGCACCACAGCCAGUGACCCACCCCUGCUUUGCCGCCAAAGGCCCAAUACCAGCUGCCCAGUGCCAAUCAAGGUAUGCCCACGAUCGCCCCCCUCAGAGACCCGAACUCGGACCUCCAGCUCCUGUUCGUCGUAUUCUUAUGCUGAGGACGGAAGCGGCGGGUCCCCCUGCAGCCUGCCGCAGUUCGAGUUUUCAUCCUCGCCUUGUCCAAACGUGACACGGUGUCUCACGACUGACCCGCAGGAGCCAGGAGGUGGGACAGAUGUGCUAUUUGCACGGGUGCGGCCCAAGAUAAAGUGUGAGCAGUCAUAUGGAACCAAUUCCAGUGAUGAGUCAGGGUCCUUUUCGGAGGCGGACAGUGAAUCAUGUCAUGUUCGAGAGCAAGGCCCCGAGGUCAAGCUUCCGUUCCCUGUCGAUCAGAUCACAAAUCUUCCACGCAACGACUUCCAAAUGAUGGUGAAAAUGCACAAGCUGACCUCAGAGCAACUGGAAUACAUCCAUGACAUGCGCAGACGCAGUAAAAACCGCAUCGCGGCCCAGCGCUGCCGCAAGAGGAAACUUGACUGCAUCCUGAACCUUGAGUGUGAAAUACGCAAACUGGUGUGUGAGAAGGAGAAGCUCUUAACAGAGCGCAACCAGUUGAAGGCGUGCAUGGGAGAGUUAUGGGAGAAUUUCUCCUGUCUAUCUGAGGAGGUGUGUCGAGACGUGCAGCUGAGCCCAGAACAGGUCCAUCACUACUGCCCUAUUCUGCGCCCUGGCAACACCGCCUCCGUCGCCCCCGGCAACCAGGCCCUACCCACCAGCAGCAUCGACCUCACCACUUGCUCCACCCCCGAACAGAGCUUCCUCAAAUUGGCCGCCACAAAAGACGGGCAAUCGCGACCGGCCCAGUGGAAGACCGGAAACGGGUCCGAAGACAUGAGCAAUGACAGGGAGGAGCAAGAUGCCGGCUCCGCCUACCUGGAGGCGGGCCUGUCUCUGAAACAGUCCAAUCAGACGGUGACAGUAGACUUCUGUCAGGAGAUGACGGAUAAAUGUACAACUGACGAACAGCCCAACAGAAAGGACUGUACCUAAUGAUGGUGGUUUCUGUGUUGAUUUGUUUUACAACUUUUUUUUUUAUUAUUUAAUUUAGUUACGUCUUCUGACAAACCCUCAAAAAUCGAGGGCUGUUGAGAUGGCCAGCCUCUGCCAGUGUUCCUGACUUAUAUAUAUAUAUAUAUAUAUAUAUAUAUAUAUAUAUAUAUAUAUAUAUAUAUAUAUAUAUAUACGUAUGUAUGUGUGUGUGUGUGUCUUUUUAUUGUCUUUUUUUUAAAACAAAGGUUGACACUACAGUUGUCUUAACAGCAGCAAUACUGUUCUCAAGGUUCUCUUUCAUUCAGCCAUGGCAGAGUGGCUGAGACCUUCUCACAGAACUUCACGAUGGUGCUACACCUUUCCAAGACAGUGGCAACACUGUCUGUUUCCAUUUACAGUCCAUUCAGAUGGGAUGGGCUCUGAAUACAUCUCACAUUCAGACCUCUACGGACCUAGCAGCAGUUUUUGCGCGCUCUCUCUCUCUCUCUCUCUCUCCCUCUCUCUCUCUCCCCACCCCACCACUGUUUACCCCCUCUACCUCUAAAUCUCUAUUACUCCUCCUCUCUUAUCUUUCUUUUUGUGGCCCUUGUCACAGUAAAUUCAAACUCAGGAAAUAUUCUGAAUGUUCGGUAUAACUCAUGAAAAAAAAAAAAUACAGAUUUUUUUUUUUUCUACAGCAGCUAGACUGUAAAUGUCCAUAUGCAAAAAUGUCUUCUGCAUCAUCCGUUUGUAGUGUCUGUGUACCACAACACUUAAUUUGUACAGAUUGGUGGUAUCUAAAACAUUCCUCCUUUGCCUUCCACAGCACUGAUACGAAAGAAAGUACGACGGAAAGGCGAACGAUUCGCAUCGAAGUUUCGGCCACCUUUUGCGUCAGCAAUACUGUACCAUUGGAUGUUUUCAAGAAGUGCUUGCUCGGCAGUAAGCGUAUUGUAAAUAGUACGGCGCAUGGAGACGGUUUCGUUAAUAUUGUACAGGUAGAACUUUAAAUGGCUUUUUCGUUUUUCUUUUCUUUCUUUUCUCUGGGGUUUUAUCAAGCACCUUUUUGUCACGAAGGGAAAACUGGUGCUGUUUCCUGUCUCAAAUGAAUUCCCCAUGACGAUGGGUGUGCUUAAACUCAGGAAACUAGCAUUCUUACACUGACGCAUGCACACACACGCUCGCAUACAAACCCCCUCCCAGUGCAGCGCAUAGAGCCCCUUGCAUGUAAUUUGGAUGUAAAUGGUGUGCAUAGUGGUGAGCUGUUCUCCUUCAAAUGUGAAAAAGUGCUCUCUGAGGAAACCUUAUUUCUUAUCAGUAUUUACAGUGUGUUCACAGACACCUCCGAACAGUGUUACCUGAAACAAACGUCAUCACAAUCCUACACACUUUCAGUUUCGGCUCAAUUAUGUUGGAAAUUAUGUUGAAGUCAAUUAAAGGGCCCUCAGCACUCUUUGACCGUUUAGCACUUCAGAAAGGGUAGAUUUCUUUUUCAGGACCCUAAAAAGUCUGAAAUUGAAGCACUUAACACAGACACUUAAAAGUGUCUUUUCAGACAGAUGAUCUUAAACAACUUGGUAUCUUAUAAAGAACGUUUUCAGGUUCAUUUAAGUGAUAAAGAUUAGUGAAGGUUCAAACUGCAUUUUUAUGGAAGACACUAAAAAAAAAAAAGCAUCUUAAAAAGCGAAAAAUCUGAUCUGAAUUGGAUGGAAAGAGCCAAUUCUUUAAAGUCGUCCUAUAUUUCCCUUUAUUGUACAUUUGUUAAAAACGUAUAUCCAUAAUAAUGGGAUUGCAUGCUGCCUGUAUGUUUUAUAUAGUUUGUUUAGAGUUUCUUUGCCUCAAAAUGUAGGCCUCAGAAAAACAGUUUGAUUGUUGUUUACUCCAGCAAAAAUUGAGAGCGAUUUUCUUAAAAAAAAUGUUAAAAAAAUUGAAACUCCCAACAGUUGGGAAUGCCUCUCAUUUGACAUAGUUCUCUAUUAUUUGAAAUACCUUUGACCUCUAGAGCUCCAUGUAUGCGUGCUUGUGUAUUUGCCAGUCUGAUUGUUUAAUAUUCAGACGCAUUUCAAGUUUUAAGUAAUACAUCCCCUCUCCCUCUCGUAUGCAAGCACACAUACACACACAGAGACACACACACACACACACACGUGAACACGUCACACUGGUUGGAGUGUCUCUCCUGGGAUGUAGAAUCUAGAGGUAUUGUGAUGGAUAGUUGUGCUGUUGUUUUCAUUGUGGAUCUUUUUCUCGUUCUCUCUUUCUCUUUUUCUAAAGGAAUUAAAACCGUAUUUGCCAUUUCUAAAUUGUAAUCAGGUACAAGACUAGAACUAAAGAUUUAUGGGUCCAAGUGGACAUUUGUGCACACAUAUGCAAAUCAUCCCUAUAAUGAUGCGUUUUUCUUAUUUCAUGUUGUAUAAAUAAUGAAGCGUGAAAAGCAUGAACUUCCACUUGACAAGCACACUGUCGUACACUUGAGAAUCUAAGUCCACAAUUUUGACAUUUCUGGAAAAAAGGUGAUCCAAAAACAUUUUCCCAAAUCUGCUUUUAUUUAUGUUCCUCGCAUGGCAAUGUAUGAGUGGUGUUUUCUGUGCCGUCUGUGAUACAGCUGACUCCUCACGCUUGCACACUUGGCCUUAAGAGCCUGGGGAUGCUUCGGUUCAGGCUGACGUUUCGAUGCAGAUGUGGAAGAAACCAAGAGUCUGGGUGACACGGAUCGGAAUUCUGACCUCUGUUAGCCUCUGUUACUAAAAGCUGCAUUAUGUUUGCCUCCACGGUGACUUCAAGGGUUCGUCCUGGUCACAGAAAGCCUCACAGGUUAAAUAAGCUUAUUAGCUCUUCUCUCAACAACGCUUCUGCUAGUUUUUUUUUUGUUUGUUUUACAGAGGUUUUAUUUUCGUAUCAGACUCGUGAUUGCUCUUGUAUCUUGUCUCAGGGUGCGUGCCAACAUUAUUUUGUUGUCCUUUUUUUAUUUAUUUGGUUUGCAGACGUUUUUAAUGGUAGCUGGUGAGCUCAGCUUUUGUUCUUCGCAUUUUUUUGUGUCUUGCAUUUUUUU